AUGUUGAAAGUGAAUUUGGGAACUUUUGAUGAAUUGAAUAUUCUUAAUGACAAGUUUGAUGAAGGAGGGACCAUUGGUGUUAAAGAUGCAGUUGACCAAGAAGAUGCAUGUGAGGGUGUUAAUUUGGAGGGGACCACUGAGGACAUUGACAAAAAAUAUUCAAGUGAGGAUGUUAUUUUGGAUGGGACCACGGAGGUUAAGGAUGCAAUAGUAGAUAUUACUACUGUGGGGACCACUUAUUAUAUUGUAAGUGUUUAA